UUAUUGCGAACGGCGUGCAAAAAGAGAAUACUUAUAAAUAUAUUCUGCUAUUCUUGUGUUGUUUGGUUUGCUGCAUUGUUGUGAAAGGAACUCCAGAAAAUUGUUUAAAAAAAAUACAGUUAAUUAGUUAAUAAAUAAAUACAAAAAUGUCCCACGAUGCCGAGCAAUAUAUCCGAGACAUACAAGUGGAAUAUAUGGACUUUCUGGAUGAUGAAGAGGAUCAGGGUAUCUAUGCUGGUCAUGUCAAAGACAUGAUAGCCGAAAAAAGUAAGCGUCUGGUGGUCAAUAUCAAUGAUCUAAAGCGCAAGAAUCCGGCCCGUGCCUUGGGUCUACUGAGCAAUGCCUCGGAUGAGCAAUUGGCUUUCGGUCGUGCCCUCAAGGAAUACACAUCGACUGUGGAUCCCAGCUAUGCCAAACAGCAUGAGGAUUUCUUUGUGGGCUUCGAGGGUUGCUUUGGCAAUCGGCAUGUGACGCCACGUUCACUGACCUCCGUCUAUUUGGGUAAUCUGGUCUGUGUCGAGGGCAUUGUGACAAAGGUCUCUCUCAUUCAUCCCAAGGUGGUGCGCAGUGUACACUAUUGUCCGACCACACGCAAGGUUAUGGAGCGUAAAUACACAGAUCUAACAUCAUUCGAGGCUGUGCCCUCGAGUGCCGUUUAUCCCACCAAGGAUGAGGAUGGUAAUCUUCUGGAAACAGAAUUCGGUUUAUCUGUCUACAAGGAUCAUCAGACACUGACCAUACAGGAGAUGCCGGAGAAGGCACCAGCUGGUCAAUUGCCACGCUCUGUGGACAUUGUAUGCGACGAUGAUCUGGUGGAUCGUUGCAAGCCCGGCGAUCGUGUCCAAAUUGUGGGCAAUUAUCGCUGUCUGCCGGGCAAACAAGGUGGCUACACCUCCGGUACCUUCCGCACAGUUCUGCUGGCCAAUAACAUAUCACUGCUGAGUAAGGAAAGCAACUUGGUCAUCUCUCGUGAGGAUAUCAUGCUGUGCAAGAAGCUGGCCACAAACAAUGACAUCUUUGAGCUGCUCAGCAAAAGUCUGGCGCCCUCGAUACAUGGUCAUACGUAUGUGAAGCAAGCCAUUCUCUGCCUGCUGCUAGGCGGCGUGGAGAAGGUACUUCCGAAUGGCACACGUUUGCGUGGUGACAUCAAUGUUCUACUCAUCGGGGAUCCAUCUGUGGCCAAGUCCCAAUUGUUGCGUUAUGUUUUAAACACUGCCCCGCGCGCCAUACCCACAACGGGUCGUGGUUCCAGCGGUGUGGGUCUGACAGCAGCAGUCACCACGGAUCAGGAGACGGGCGAAAGACGCCUGGAGGCCGGUGCCAUGGUCCUGGCCGAUCGUGGCGUUGUCUGCAUCGAUGAGUUUGACAAGAUGAGUGACAUUGAUCGCACAGCCAUUCAUGAGGUAAUGGAACAGGGUCGUGUGACCAUCUCCAAGGCCGGUAUUCAUGCCUCACUCAAUGCACGUUGCUCGGUGCUGGCUGCUGCCAAUCCUGUUUAUGGACGGUACGAUCAAUACAAGACGCCCAUGGAGAAUAUUGGUCUACAGGAUUCAUUGCUAUCACGUUUCGAUUUGCUUUUCGUCAUGCUCGAUGUGAUUGAUAGUGAUGUGGAUCAAAUGAUAUCCGAUCAUGUGGUACGCAUGCAUCGCUAUCGUAAUCCCAAGGAGGCAGAUGGUGAACCACUCUCAAUGGGCAGCUCCUAUGCGGACUCUCUGUCCUUUGUGUCCAACCAAGAGGAGAAAAAGGAUACCGAAUUGUAUGAGAAAUAUGAUGCCCUACUUCAUGGCAAGUCACGCAAACGUCAUGAGAAGAUUCUGUCGGUGGAAUUUAUGCGCAAAUACAUACACAUUGCCAAGUGCAUGAAGCCCAAGCUGAGCGAACAGGCAUGCGAGGCCAUUGCCAAUGAGUAUUCGCGUCUUCGUUCCCAGGAGGCUGUGGAGAAUGAUGUGGCGCGCACACAACCGAUUACGGCCCGUACACUGGAGACACUGAUUCGUCUGGCCACGGCUCAUGCCCGGGCACGUCUGUCCAAGACGGUGUCCAUGGUUGAUGCCCAUUCCGCCAUUGAGCUGGUACAGUUUGCCUAUUUCAAGAAGGUUCUCGAAAAGGAACGCAGCGGUGGUCACAAACGUCGUCGUGAUGGCGCCUCCUCGGGUGAAGAGGACAACGAGAACGACAAUGGCAAUGAGAAUACAACACGUUCGGCACGCACCAAGCGUACCCGCACCGAUCCGGCGGCGGACACUGAUGAUGAUGAUGAGAUUGAGACCCCACAACCGGAUGCCGGUGAUUUAACGCGUCGUGAGACCCGCCGUUCGUUACCCUCACGCCAGAGUCAACAAACCGCCCAGAGCAGUGAGGACCAGCAGCAGUCAUCCACUGGAUCAACAAGCCAAGAGCCGGCAGUUAUCUCAGAUUCUCGUCUGGCUGCCUUUAAGAAUGGAUUGCAGCGUCUAUUCCGGGAGGCACGCGAACAGAGUUUGGCCCUUACUCGCAUCACAGCGGCCAUCAAUGAGAACAAUCCGGAGACAUUCUCUCAGGGUGAAAUCGAUGCUGCCGUCCAUCGCAUGACAGAGGACAAUCAAAUCAUGGUCGCCGAUGACAUUGUAUUCCUUAUCUAACUACCAAAUCUCAUCUCAAUUCGCAUCCUAACUAUAUUCUAUCCCAUAUACAUAUAUAUAGAGAUUCUCAUUCCAAUCAUUAAACAAUUCUUUGGCAUUUCUUCAUUAUCUAAUUUCACAUUCAUAUAUUUUGGUUAAGUUUUAAACAUAUAAUCGUAAUAUUUUUUUUUUUGUUUUAUGUUUAUUUGAUAACCUAAUAAAAAAUUCAUUAAAGAAAUAAUAAUAAUAAU